AUGGCUAAUCAUUCAUACGAAAAAAUGAGUAUUUACUUACCGCCAAAUGAUUACGAAGAUGACUUUUCAACCGAUAGUAGCUUACUUUAUUUCGUAGAGAAGCUUGAGGAACUCGAAGCGGAAGACACGGCAAUGUCGUCGGUCGUUCCAAAAAAAAUCGUCAAGCGUGAUCGUGUACAAGGUAACGAAAAUUUUAUGAACGAUAAUUUUGUUGAUGAACCAAAGUAUGACAAUGAAACAUUCUGUUACCGUUUUCGUAUAUUUCUACAAUUAUUCCUAAGAAUUGUUGGUGAUAUUGAAGCCCAAUAUCCUUGGUUUCAAGAGGGAUAUGAUAGACAAUACAAAAAGAGUUUUACGGCAAUACAAAAAGUUACAUCCGCAAUUAAACAACUCGUGACCGAUAAUACUCCCAACGAGAACGACGAGUAUUUACAAAUGGCCGAAAGGACUUCGCGAGAGUGCCUAUAA